UUGAUGCAAACGGUAUUCACAAACCCUGCUUAAAGUUUGACAGCUAUUUAAGGCCGCCUUAUAUGGCUGUUAAUUGAGAUUAAUUUGAGAGUGCUUGUGACUAGUCUCAAAUCUUUACGACAAAAUAUUUAUAGUUGUUUUAGUAGUUAUUAUAUUCCCUUUCGAUAUAAUAUAAUGUCUUUUUCAUCACUUUCGUCAUUGUCUGAAGAAGAAUAUAGUAUAAAUCGAAGAAAUCGAGAGAAGUUAAACGCUUUCGAAGAGUAUAAUGAUGAUGAAUUUAAAAAAAGAUUCCGACUGAGCAAGGAAACAGUUCAUCAUUUAUGUUCUUUAAUACAAGACAAUAUCCAGCCCGUCACAAAAAGAAACCAAGCAAUCCAACCGAUAGACCAAAUAUUGAUUGCCCUUCGUUUCUUCGCCACGGGCACCUAUCAAAGGGUCAUCGGGGAUAUAUUUCACGUGGAGCAACCAACAGUACAUCGUAUUGUACAUCGUGUGGCGGUUGAGUUGGCACAACUAAAAUCCAGAUAUAUAAAUAUGCCUACUUCUGGUGAGCAACGCCAAAUAACAAGAGAAUUUUAUUCAAUCGCCGGUUUCCCUAACGUCGUCGGUGCUAUCGACUGUACUCACGUGAGAAUUAAAUCACCUGGUGGACUGCAGGCUGAAACUUACAGGAACCGUAAAGGGUUUUUCUCUAUUAAUGUUCAGGUGGUUUGUGAUGCGCAACUAAAAAUAAGGAAUAUUAUUGCAAGAUGGCCGGGCUCUGUCCACGAUAGUACUAUUUUUAAUGAUUCUCCAUUAUGUGCACAAAUGGAGCAUGGUGACUAUGGCAAUAAAUUAUUAUUGGGGGACAGUGGUUACCCAUGCCGACGGUAUUUGUUAACCCCACUACUGAAUCCUUCGACUCCAAGUGAAGAAUCUUAUAAUAGGGCACACAUUAAAACCAGGAAUACUGUAGAACGACUUUUUGGUAUUCUUAAACGGAGAUUUCCAUGCCUACAUGUUGGUUUGCAAGUCAACCUUCAAAAUGUACCAGCAAUUAUUGUAGCAUGCUCAGUGCUUCAUAAUAUCGCCAUGGCAAGGCAUGAUUGGAUAAAUGAAGAAGAAUAUGAUGAAGUUACCUACUCUGCAUCACCACCAGCCCCAGGAGGGACAAAUGAA